ACACCACGUACACCGAUGAUCAGAGCUCUCUUGGCUGGAUGCUAGCUGGCUAGCUAACGGUCUGUCAAGUCGCACACAUUGGGCUAGAAGGGGGAAGCGCAGCGGUGGAGAAGAAGGGCGACCCAAGCGCCGCUACGAAAUGGCCGGGCAACAGUUCCAGUACGAUGACAGCGGCAAUACGUUUUUCUAUUUCCUAACGUCCUUCGUCGGACUUAUUGUGAUCCCGGCCACAUAUUACCUCUGGCCCCGGGAUCAGAAUGCUGAACAACUGCGUCUGAAGAGCCUGAGGAGGGUACAUGGCCGCUGUCUGUGGUACCGGCUCAGGCUGAUGAAGUCACAGCAGAGCAUCGUCCCAACAUUAAAGAAAGCAGCCUUGUUAUUUGGGUGGGCUGUGUUCCUGCUGCUAGCCUACAAGGUGUCCAAGCUGGACAGAGAAUACCAGGAGUACAAUCCUUAUGAAGUCCUUAACUUGGACCCGGGUGCAUCUCUGUCAGAAAUCAAGAAGCAAUACCGUGUACUGUCACUCAAGUACCAUCCUGAUAAAGGUGGUGAUGAGGCCACAUUCAUGAGAAUUGCCAAAGCCUAUGCUGCUCUGACCAAUGAACAGUCGCGGCAGAACUGGGAAAUGUACGGUAACCCAGAUGGUCCAGGAGCUACCAGCUUUGGUAUUGCCCUUCCUGCCUGGAUUGUUGACCAGAAGAACUCAAUGCUGGUGCUGUUGGUGUAUGGACUAGCCUUUAUGGUCAUCCUCCCUGUAGUUGUGGGCACAUGGUGGUACCGCUCCAUCCGCUAUAGUGGAGACCAGAUCCUCAUCAACACUACUCAGCUCUUCAUGCAUUUCAUGUACAAGACGCCGAACAUGAACAUGAAGCGGUUGGCCAUGGUGUUGACAGCAGCAUUCGAGUUUGACCCCCGCAGCAAUAAAGAAGCCACUAUACGACCAACAGACAACAUCGAAGUGCCGCAGCUGAUCCGUGAAUUGGGAAACAUCAAUGUGAAGAAGAAGGAGCCUCCAUUCUGUUAUCCUUACAGUUUAAAGGCAAGGGUCUUGGUGCUUGCUCACCUGGCACGCAUGGAUGUAUCAGAGGAGUUAGAGGAAGAUCAGAGGUUUGUGGUGAGAAAGAGUCCAGCUCUCCUGCAGGAGAUGAUCAACGUGGGCUGUCAGCUGACCAUGAUGGCCAACAGCAGAGGAGGUUUCCAUGCUCCUCGACUGGUAACCAUAGAGAAUUGUAUGAAACUGACCCAGAUGAUAGUGCAGGGUCUGCAGGAGUCAAAGUCACCACUUCUGCAGCUGCCCCACUUUGAGGAGGAGCACCUCCGCUACUGCAUCUCCAAGAAGUAUAAAGUUCGGAGCCUUCAGGACCUGGUGAGUCUCAAGGACUCCGACAGGCGCAGCAUGUUGCGUUUCUUGGGGGAGGAGAAGUACGAUGAAGUCAUGGCUGUGCUGGGCAGCUUCCCUCACAUCACCAUGGAUACUAAACUACAGGUCCUCGAUGACGAAGACAGCAAUAACAUCACAGCUGGCUCUAUUGUCACAGUAACUGUCACCUUAACCAGAAAACGGAUGGCGGACAUGUUUGAAAAAGAGCAGGAGUCAACGCCAUGUCCAGGAGAGGAGGCUGCCACAACAGAGGAAACGCAAGGAGACUCGAGUAAAGCCAAAACCAAAGUAUGGCAGAACAAGAGUAAAGGGGCUAAGAAGACAGCGAAGUCCAAGAAGAAAAAAUUAACCAAGAAGAAGGCCACUCCUGCGCCUGCCAAAACCAAGCAGGCCAAUGGCAACGUGGCAGGAAAUGAAGUCGUAGCAGCGUCGUCGUCAGCAGUUGCAGUAAAGGAGGAGGAGGACGAGGCCUCAGACAAGGGCAGCGAAUCAGACGAGGGCGAAGCCAACAAGGACUCUCCCAGCGAGAGGGACGACGACAGCGACAAGCAAAGCGACACAGAGGUGGAUGAGAUGGCUGGCGAUGAUGAGGAGGAGUGGGAGGCGUUGCAGCAAAGCAUCCAGCGGCGAGAGCGGGCCCUGCUGGAGACCAAGUCGAAGGUGACGCACCCCGUCUACAGCCUCUACUUCCCCGAGGAGAAGCAGGAGUGGUGGUGGCUCUACAUUGCUGACCGCCGGGAUCAGACCCUCGUCUCCAUGCCCUACCACGUCUGCACACUAAAAGACACAGAAGAGGUGGAGCUCAAGUUUCCGGCUCCCUCCAAAACAGGCAACUACCAAUAUUCUGUCAUCCUCCGCUCUGAUUCCUACCUGGGACUGGACCAGAUCAAACCACUAAAGUUGGAGGUCCACGAGGCCAAGGCCAUGCUGGACAACCACCCACAGUGGGACAUCCCCGACACGGAGGAGGAGGACGAGGAGCAGGAGGACAGCGACGGCAUCGAGGAGAGUGAAGACGACGACGAGGACAACGACUGAACGCGGAUACACAUACGCGCACGCGCAUACACACACGCUCAGCCUUCUCCCAUGGACUGGCCACCCACGCACUCCUGACCCCACAACAGCACUCAAGAUCAGUGAACGAGGAGCAGCAACGCCCUGCCCGCCACACACACACACACACACACACACACACACACACACACACAUCACACACACUCUGAAUCAUCGGGGACAAUUUAUACACUCAAAGCCCUCUUCCUCCUCCUCCUCCUCGUCCAUUUUACCCUUACAAUGACAUGGACUGUGACCCCGCCCCCUCCAUCUCCCCUUUUCUACAGAGACUUGUUCCUUCACUUUCCGUUGCUGGCGGAAGAGAAUUCUGUGAAUACCAGGCCCGUGUGUGCGAGUGUGCGUGCAUGUGAGGGUGUGUGUGGGUGAGGGGGUGUGUGUGUGUGUGUCUGCUGUGUGUUUGUAACCUUGUAUGUGUUUGUACAGGUAUGAAAGAUUGACACACUGUGGACUGGAGGACCUAUUAUCUGGGCUCUUUUUUUGAGGGGGAGAGGGGAUGUAUAACAGCUAAUUCCGUUUGCAAAAUUAACAAAAACACAUGACCUCCGUACGGAAAUCAUGACUUCGCUCUUGCUCCUAAUUUUUAAAAUCACUCAGCAACAAUGUUUUCCACACCAAUGAUACUUUCUAUUGUACACUUAAACUGCAGAAGUGUGAGCUUUAUCCCUGCUCGUCUGGGAUCACCUCCGAGUCAACCAUUGGGACGUUUGCUCCUUUCAGUGCACAGGAGCACAGUUAAGUCUCAUCAGUUUUUUUUUUUGUUGUUUUUUUAUCUAAUUUUCCGCUGUCACACCAGCCAGUCACUUGUAUGUACUUGUACUUUAUUGUAUGUUGAAGAGGAUGACUACGGAUAGAUACUGAUCUCAAGUCAGUUCUGUUAAUGAUGCCUGUUCUGCCCCUGUGAUCCACAUCAAAGUGUAUUUUUCUGAAGGAGACAACUGUUGGUUGAAAGCAGGUGGCUCUUGAAAUGAAAUAUGACCUCAAGUUUAAUGGGGGAAAAUGACAAAACGUGCAGUGUUAAGAUUUCUUUCUUCUUCAUAUACUACACAAAAGUUGUGAGUUUUCAGUCUUUUUAAGGGGCUCAGAUACUAAUAUAUAUAGAUAUAUACAUAAUCAUGGCUUUUCAGAGAAGUGACUUUCCUUUUUUUUUUUUUUUUUUUUUUUUUUCUUUUUACACUUGUAGCACAUUCCAGUGUAUACUCAUUGUCCAAAAAGGCCUUAUGAAUACAACUGAAAUACCACAACAUACACGUCUUUGGGUGCUAUGCACCAGUGAUUCUUGGGAGAGUGGAAAAAAAAACAUUUAAUUAUUUGUGUUUGUAAAAUGAACAGUAUUUUUCCUUUUGUUCCAGUUUAGAAUUAGUCUCUUCAUAGUAACCUAUAGCUCCCCAGUCGUGCUAUACAUAUCACUGAUGUUGCCAUGACAAAGCCGCUGAUAAGUACAGUUUUGUCUGGUGAAAGAGGGUUAGCAGUCGAGCGUUGCAUGUGUCCGGCCCCGUGUUCAAGGGAUUGGAGUAUGAGGUCCCUGACACGUACACACACACACACACACACACACACACACACACACACACACACACACACACACACACAAACAUGCGCGGCACUCUGAAAAGUGUCUCGAACAAAAACCUGUUGAAAGUGACUUGUAGUGUAAACAUAUUCUGUCCAGCACGUUUCUUUUUAGUCAUCAAAGCAGAGCAAGUUCAGUUUUACAAUUACUGCCAUUUCAGAUGAAAAUUUCCUUCCACCAAAUCUUCUGGAGUAUCUUGUUUUAUUUUUUGGUCUGAGGAAUACAAAGCAGUUUUGUCUAAGCGAGAGAACCCCCCCCCCCCCCCCCUUUCAUUUAAAUUUAGUUUUUUGUUUUUGUCUCAGUUAAGCUGUAGUUAUAACAAAUGUACCACAUAGGUCUUUGUCUUGUUUUCUUUCAUUCUAACAUUUGUUUUUACAUCUGUUAGAUUCAUGAGUGGGGAAAAAAGAAAAUCAGAGCUUACUUGUAUGGCUCUGUGGGCUCUCACUGUAUGUUGACGACUUGACAGUUCAUUUUUAAAAGAUAUAAAAAAUAAGAAAAAUAAAUAAAAGUCUUUCACUAAGAAUAUCCACAGAACAGUUAAUUGUUUCUGUUACGGUAUAUUCUAGUGUGUCAUGUUGGUGUGGGAGAGAGGGAGGUUUGAAUAUCUGUGGGCACACUCUCCCAACACUACAUACACACUCUCACUCACACAAACAAAAUGACAUGCGCGCACUAUACCCUCCUGUAAUUGUGUUCAAAGCAGGUGUAUGCUAACAGGUAAUAUUGUACUCUGAGUAUUUAUCGCUCUGCAAUAGAAUGUAGCAUCAGUGAUUUACGCUGUGUGGAAAAAUAAAACUGCAGUGAGGUUAAAUACGACAACAUCUCUCCCAUGACAGACUUGGUCCAGGCGACUGGCCAGCAGGCCGUCUCAGUUUGGACAAACUACCCAAUGACUAUCUGCCACUUUUGUUUACAAAGGAACUGUCAUUGUAAAUGGAAAAAUAUAUUAUUUGUAUUUAAAAUCAUUUCAAAUAAAAACUUUUAAAUGA